AUGCUGCGGCCGCUGCCCGGGCUGGGCUCCUCGCCGGUGGGCGGCGGGCGGGCGGGCAGCGGGCGGACGGGCAGCGGACGGGGCGCGGCGGGAAGCAGCGCGGCGGGAAGCAGCGCGGCGGGAAGCAGCGCGGGGCAAGCGAGCCUUGGCUUGCUGCCGGCCAACGCCACAUUCCGGGCGUACCGGACAACGCCGCUCUACGGCCUGCGGGUGACGUCGGACGCGUUCUCGACGUACUCCAAGGCGCUGGUGGAGCACAUGCGGGCUGAAGAGCAUCGUGUCUCGGGCGCCUCGCCCUACCGUGUCUACCACGUCGUCGUCACCUCGCCCACCACCGCGGGCGACGAUGUCCUGCACAUCUCCGUCCACUACCGCCGCCACUACGACGACGCCGCUGCCGCCGCUGCUGCCGCCGCCGGCCGCGCCACCCGCCGCCGCGGCGAUGACACCUCGCCGCUAGCUGGGCUCGACGAGGCCAAGGGCGUGCUCACGGUCUAUCUCAUCGGCUCACGCGACAGCAGCGGGCGCAAGUCCGACGCCACCAACGCGCAAUUUGUCCACCUCCCGCUCCUCCUCACCAAGGGCCCGCUCUCCAUGGCCCGCGACGUCAUCAACUGGAUCGAGACCUCGUUUGACGCCACCGUUGCUCCGCUCGAGCUCCCCUCGUACGCCCUCACCUCGCUCCUACAUGUCUGGAUGCGCAAGGUGGUGACCACCGAUCCGGCACGCUUUGCCCCGCCCCGCCGCGGCCGCCCGCGCGCCGCAGCCACCGGCGCCCGCGAGCCGACCUCGCCCAAGCGCCCGCUCGAGCUCGUCUUUGCCGUCCUCGACGCCGCCCCGGGCCUCGACACCAUCACCUACACCAUCGAGUAUGACUCGGUUAUGUCGCUCUACCGUGCCUCACGCGCCGCCCUCUUCCCCACUCCGCGAUCGCCGCGCCGUGGCGAGACGGGCCUCUCCGCUGACGACGAGGCCAGCCUCGCCGCAGCCGUCGUCGAUGGCAUCUUUACCCAGUUUGAGGCCGUCUUUGGCCUCGCCCUCUCGCGCGUCGUCCUCAAGCAGAUCUCCACCCCCAUCGCCAUGAUUACUGCCGGAAAGCUCAAGCUCCUGCUUCCGGGCGCUGAGAUCGCGUCCUUUGUCGUCAACUCGCUGCACUCGUUUGUCAUGCCGCGCGGCGCCGCCGACUGAACCGGCGGCGCGCCUCUUGCUCGCAGCAGUAGUAACACACCCACCGCC